ACAAUGGCUAUCCAUGCAUUACGUUUUCUUGUGCUAAUACUUUUUAUUAGCUUUGUUCAAUGUCGAAUUCUGAGACUAAACUCCUCUGACGAUUUAAUCUCAGAUGGAGUUGAUCGUAUUGACAAUCAAUCUUCUAUUCUUUACGCAAAUGUUUCUAUUUCCUCCACAAACACUUGUGAGCACCAAUAUGGCUUCCUACCAUGUGCAGAAAAUGCCGGAGGUUACAUUUUUCAAAUACUGAUUUAUCAGGGCCUAAUCAUGUUUGGAGAAAAGGAGCUGACUGCGGGGAGCAGGGUGCUAUUUAAUAUUCUUGGCGCAAGCAACAUCGUGGGUAUCAUUUUUCGAAUUCUCGUGGGGUUACCUGCAAUAUUGAUUAUGAUCGUAUCUGGAGUUUUCAGUAGCAAAGAGGAAGCCCAAUCUAAGGUGUCACUUGGAGUGGGUAUUUAUGCUGGAAUUACUGUAUUUACUCUUACCUUGCAGUGGGGUGUAUGUGUAAUUUUUGGCAGGAGAAAGUUGGCAGAGCAAUCGACGUCUAGUCAUGCAGAAGUAGCGCAAACUAGUUCAAAUUGUUUGCUGGCAAAAGAAGUCAUCACUGAAUUAAAGGAUACUGGUGUUACAAUAGACGAAGAGACUCGUCGCAUAGCUGGGAUUAUGCUCUUGUCUUUGAUUCCUUACACAAUCAUUCAGCUAGUAGAUAUCUUCAAAAUAUCAUUUGAAACCCACGUAGUGAUUUUGAUAUUACUCAUCUUAUCAUCUGCGAUGCUUCUAUUAUAUUUCGUCUACCAGGUUAUGAAUCCUUGGAUGCAACAAAAAAGUUUAGCCUACACAAAGUAUGAGACACUGAGAACGGGGUUUCUGCAGCACAUGCAACGACAUGGAAAACUCAUUGAUGAACAUGGCGAACUUAAUGUUCCAGUCAUCCAAACUUUAUUUGAUGAAGCAGAUAAUGAUGCCAACAACACUAUAACGAAGGAUGAAAUAGAAAGUUUGAUGCAUGAUUUAAUCAAUAAAGGAGAGAUGAAUGUUGACAAACAGUUUGCUGUUUCUGAACUAAUGAAAGUAUUUGAUUUUAACCACGAUGGGUCAAUUAACCAUCAAGAAUUCGCCAAUGGGUGCAAAAAAUGGUUUAUUGAAACCAAAAAGCCAACUAAAAUUGAUGAUAACUCUUCAAGUAUUCCCAAGAUUGUCAAUGAAAAAGUGGUGCAUGGAGAGUCACUAGUAUGGACUUUUAUCAAAUCUAUAUUACAAGUUUUGCUGGGUAUUGUUGCAAUGACCUGCCUUGGAGAACCUCUGACAACUAACAUUCUACAGUUAUCACAUUCCAUGAAUGUGCCUUCUUUCGCCAUCUCGUUUGUGGUAGUGCCAUUGGCCAUGAAUUGCAGAGCCGCAAUAGCAGCAAUUUCUCCAGCCAGUCACAAGAGUGAAAAGAGUGCUUCUUUGACAUUUUCAGAGAUUUAUGGUGAAGUUGUAAUGAGCAAUAUCUCGAAUUUGACAGCACUGUUAGCAAUUGUUUAUGCAAAGGAUUUGACUUGGGAUUAUUCAGCAGAAGUGCUAACAGUUUUGGUGGUAUGUGCCAUAGUAGGAAUUCUUGCAUACUCACGCGACAGUUAUCCUCUAUGGACUUGCUUAUUGGCAUUUUUCCUCUAUCCAUUCUCCUUAGGUUUGUUUUAUUAUGCUCAAUUUGCAUUGCGUUGGAAUUAACCUGAUUAUGCUAAUCAGGGUUUUUCCUGCUUCGACCAAAAUAAACAUGUCAACGUUCCUUCAUUAUGAGGAAGUAACAAUCAAAUAAACGUUAGCUAUUGUGUAGUCAUUUUUUUACUUUUUAGUUUUGUCUAGACUUAUCUAGAUCUACUUGUAAUUAUUGUAUUGCUGAUCGAAUAUAAAUAAAUGA